AUGUUCCGGGCACAACAAAAUACAUUCGACGAUGCCGUUGCUAAGGCAACCGACGAGAACCUGACCUCGGAGAACUGGGAGUACAUUCUCGACGUCUGCGACAGAGUCUCGUCCAACGAGAACGGAAGCAAAGAUGUCGUGGCCGCCAUGAUCAAGCGGCUGGCGCAUCGCAACGCAAAUGUCCAGCUCUAUACCCUGGAGCUGGCCAAUGCCUUGUCGCAAAACUGUGGAAUUCAGAUGCACAGGGAACUGGCAAGUCGGAGUUUUACGGAGGCUCUGUUGCGACUGGCGAAUGAUCGAAAUACGCAUCAACAAGUGAAAUCCAAAAUAGUGGAAAGAAUGGAGACCUGGACGAAAGACUUUUCGAGUAAUACCGAGUUGGGCAUCAUGGAGCAGGCAUACAUGAGAUUGAAAGCGCAGAAUCCCAACCUUCAACCCCCUCAGGCCCCCGUCAAGAGUGCGAUCACAGAUUGGGACAGACGAAGGGAAGAGGAAGAACUGCAAAUGGCUCUCAAACUCUCGAUUCAGGACAAAUCCCCUGCCGGUCCCUCGAGCCAGCCCUCUGGCGGUCCGGCCGAGUUAGCAGCCCAGCCCCCAGGCAGUGUCUCGCAACAGGCAGAACACCAGGCGGUUCCCUCAGGUACAACCGCCGCAACUGUUUCACGGGUACGGGCCCUCUUCGACUUUCAACCGUCUGAACCUGGCGAGUUACAAUUCCGCAAAGGCGACGUAAUCGCCGUGCUUGAGUCCGUAUACAAGGACUGGUGGAAGGGCUCUUUGCGCGGCCAAACAGGCAUUUUCCCACUCAACUAUGUCGAGAAGCUGCAGGACCCGACGCCCGAGGAAUUGCAGAAAGAAGCACAAAUGGAGGCAGAGGUGUUUGGACAGAUCAAGAAUGUCGAGAAACUGCUCGCCCUUCUCAGCACGAGUACGGGGGACAUGAACGCGCGCGAUAACGAGGAGAUUACCGAGUUGUACCACAGCACGUUGGCAAUACGGCCAAAGUUAAUCGAGCUGAUCGGAAAAUAUACGCAAAAGAAAGACGACUUCCAGCAACUCAACGAGAAAUUCAUCAAAGCGCGCCGCGACUAUGAAGCGCUUUUGGAGUCAUCCAUGGCGCAGUCUGCUGCACAAUACGCUCGCCCUGGGCAUGCAGCAUACCCAUACGGGCCUACAGGGGGUGGCCCACCGGUUCAACAGGGUUAUCCGCCUCAAAGAUUCUAUACGCCUGAUGGUCAACCACCCAACAAUGCUAUACCCUACGCUUCAAACCAGCAACAGCAGCAACCCGCCUUUCAACCUCCGUAUCCAGUAGCCUCACCACCGCCUCCAAGCCAGACGCCCUCAAAUCAACCCCAACCUCCCCCUUCUCAGCUGCCGGAUAACUAUGCGUCCUUUCCCAACCCAGCACAAGGACCACUCCGUCGUCAAUCACACCCUCAACCUUCAGAUUCCUACCCAGCGUACCCUCCACCCACCGACGGGUCCGCUCCACCGGGACAUCACCAGUACCCAGCCAUUCAACCGCCGAAUGUAGCACAGUUACAGUACGGGGACGAAGGGAAAGAUUACUCGCCCUCAAACUACUCAACUGAUGAUCUCACCCACCAACAUCUGCCAACAUCACAGCCUGCCUCAGGGGCUCCACAGCCAUAUCCACCACAACAAGGCAUGCCUCUAGGGCAACCACCGCCCUCGCAGCCUCCACGGGCGCAGUACCCAUCAUCUCAACCACCCGCGUCGUACGAUUAUCCAAUUCCGCCCAUCAGCUCUCCGCCCCCAGCUCCAAGCCAUGGCCCUCCUCCGGUCCUUGUCGAUCCUGCUCAGAGACCUAUCACGCCACUACCACAGAGCUCGGCGUAUCCAGUGUUUUCGCCGACGCAGGCGCCAGCAAACCCGCAGUAUCAGGCAUACAGUCAGAGACCAACGAGUUAUUACAGGUGA